GCUGCUCACAAGUAUUUGCUGAAUGAAUAUUAAAUGAAUUUAAAGGCGUCAGAUCCUGCCUUUGUCCCAGUGUGUUGGGGGAGACAGAUUCAGUUACAGAGCUGAGGGAAGGAUCAAGGUUGUGAUUAAGGUUGAAGUCUGUUGACAGCCCUUGACCAGCUGUGCUUGGGAACUGUCAACUGGCCCGACUCUCCUUGAGCCUCGUCUCGCCGAGAGCUUUGGACAGAAAGUCCGCAGGAUUCCAUGGACCCACAGGGGCCAGCCCCACAGCCUUUCCAGCGGUCUGAGAACCCUGGUCGUGUGCGCCGUCGGAAAACCAGACGGGAGCGUAAUGAGGCCCUGGUGGGCAGCCGUCGGCCAUUGGUCCGUCAGGAUCCUCCCAUGGCCCUCCGGGAUCCUAUGGCCCCUACUGCUCCCAAGCUUGUGGUCAUAACUCAGGGCCGGCUGAGUCGGGAGCACCGGGGCCUCUUCAACCAUGAGGUGAAAUCUCUGGAUGUGGCACGGCUGCUUAGCAGUGGUUCCCUGGAACCAGGCACCCCUGCACUCCCUGCCAAGUACUCCCCAAGCCCAGGCCGGGCCCACAAACCAGCCUCACAGUCAAUGGGCAAGGAGAACCAGGUGCCUGGAGGCUCGGGCCCAGGCCCACCCAGUCCUCCAGAGCUCCCUAGCCUGGGGCAGUUGCUGGGGGAGCUGCAGUGCCAGCUGAUUCUGCCACAGGCCUUCCCACGGAGGAACCUAGUGCAAGAGGCCAGGGAUGCCAUUCUGGGCACCUUACAGGCCUGUCAUGGCUGUGUGCCUGACCUUACCCUGGUGCUCCGUGUCUGCCACUCACCCUUACCAGGGACCAAGCCUGGGGGCCCUGAGAGACAAAGGAUGACACCUUCCUGGAUCAACAGCCCUGUGCAAGCCCCAGGAGAGGAGAGGCCAAGGAGGAGACAAGCUACAAAAGAGCUCACCUUUGCCGUGCCUCAUGCCUGCAGCACUCCCCCUGUGCACAGGGUGAGCCUGGAACCACCAAAAGGUCCCCAGCCACCCCCCUUGCCCAAGUUGCCUUCGCCAUCCAGGACACCCUGGGGCCCCCCAACAGCCUUUGACCUGCUGAAAAGCAUCUGGAUGGUAGCCACACCACCGCCCCCACCCCGGCUCUGGGGAGUUGGCUCACAACCACUCCUACCUCAGCUGCCAUCACCCUUAUUGCCCAGAACCUCUGCCCUGGACUGGAGUCCUAGCCCCCCUGCCCCACUGCCCAGUCUCUCCUGGGUGGUGGCCCAGAGCAGCCCAGAGGCUUGGUCCUUUCCACCUAUGAGACUAUACUGAGGUUGCUGAGGCCCAGUUGGGGGCAGGAAUCCCCCACUCCUAAUCACCUCAAUAAAGUACUUUCUUCGCAGUC